AAAGUGAAAGGGUAAACAACAAUAUUGGGGGUGGUUCGAAUGUAAAUUGGGGUAAUGGUAGUUCAAGUGGAUCGGGAAGCUGGAUAAACGGGAGUGGAUCUAUGAGUGCAAGCGGAAGUUGGAUGAGUGGGAGUGGGUCCAUGAGUGCAAGUGGAAGCUGGAUAAGUGGAAAUGGCGGAGUGAAUGUUCAUAGACUCAAUGAUUAUGAUUUUGAGUUGCAAGUUGGAAAUGAACGUCACGCAAAUGUGCCGAUUUUAGUGGUUGGUACCAAAGCGGACCUCGUUAAACAAGAAUUAACGGGGCGCCAAAGGAGAUAUAGUAUCGUCGACGAGUAUGGUGGUGACUGUGUGAACCUGUGUACAUUGGCGCCCACUCAUUUUGAACCUAAUUCCAUAGCAUCCGAAAAGAUCGAUGCAUUUUUUGACAAAGUUAUCGAUAAAAAGUUUGGCUUCGCGGAACACCUGACAAGUCCAUCAUACGGAAAUCUUGGUACUUCAUCUUCAGCUCUAACAAAUAGAGAUGACAGAAGACGCGUAAUAAACAACGUAGGAGUCUCGAAUAGUAUUAUGACAAAUGGUUUGCCACCGAGUCCUGGUCUAUCUGGAUUCACCGGAUAUGCCAACAGCAAUGCCGGAGGAAAUGCACAUCCCAGGAUAAGUGGAGCCGCCAAAGAUAUCUCACCAGCCAAAAAGCAACAUUGGAAUGGGUUCCGAGGUUCAACAAUAUAUUCUAGUCAACCUAUGAAUGAAGAUAUUAAUGGAUCAUCAAGACCGCCUCCUCCUCCUAAUAAUAAUAAUCAUAGUUUGCGGGAGUCACGGUCUAGUUCUGCUACAAAUCUGCGAGAAUCAUAUAAUGCUAAGGAUCGCUUGAAUGAUAAUCGCAUGGAAAGCAAAAUGGAUUUUGUUAAUUGA